AGAACCGUACGGGGGGAACUGGAUUGAACCCAGCCAAACGCGGGACAAGGACAAGCCCCAAUCUCCCCAAAACCAAAAAUCCUCUCCUUUUCUUUUUCAGAGAAGAAAAGAAACGUAAAGAAGAGAACAGCCGAACCCAGCCCACCCCAUAGACACACACACGCGGCCCCUUUCUUCCUCUUCCUUUCUCCCGCCCCCACCUCCAUUUUUUUUUAUAUUUAUAAACACAGUAUCCACCAUCGCCGUCAUAUCUGAUAUUUUCAGGGGGUGGGGAAUCUUGUUCAUAUAUAUAUAUAUAUAAAUAUCUAUAUAUUUUUUUUAUAUAUAUAACACAUUUUCGAUUGACCUGGUUGAAACCUAAAUCUUCAACAAGAGAAGGGUUACCCAGGAGGGAGAGGUUGAGUCAGAGAGAGAGAAUGUCGAAGAAGAAAGUAUGUGGGAAUACUAUGACCCUCAAGGACUUCCAUGGUGGCUCUAUCCCAACUGAUCUUCCUCUCCCUUCUGCUCCUGGUGUAAUCGUUAGGCCUUCGGAUCGUCCUGGUUACGAUCGAUCGGCUUCGUGGGGUAACCAGAUGGGUCGGUCCGAUCACCGGAGUUCCCGUCCUCACACUUCUCCAGCCAUGAGGAAUUUCGAUGACAAAUCCCCUUUUCUCACUCAUACUUCACAUAUCGGCAGGAACUUUGAUGAGGAUGAGCGCAAGCCCCUUGAUGGGGUUUCUGCUCCGCGGAGGACUAUUAGUGAUGAUAGCAUUCGAGUGGCCCCAAGCCGUACGGAGCUGAAGCAAGAGUCUGCAUCCGCUGGAGGAGGUUCCUGGAGUCGACAGGGAUUGACUCCGAAUUCGCAAGCGCCGAGUGGGACUGUCAAUUCAUAUUCGGGGAGGGUGUCUGAGACGACCCACGGGGGCGUGCCUUAUCAGAAUUUAGAUACCAAUGUCGGGCAUGGUGUUGGUGGGACUUAUCCGAAUGCAUGGGCAGCGAGGAAAGAGGCUGCAGGUGGUCAUGAGAGGCAACAAUCUACGUGGUCUGCUCCAAUGGCUGUUUCUAAGUUGGCUCAUGCCAGUGCGCUCGAAAAGGUUUCUUCCGGAAGAUGGCAGUCUAAGCCUUCUACAAAUAAUCAGACAGAUGCUGAGCUUAUGAGAUUGUCUGAAACAGAAAGUGGUUUACACACCAAGGGAUAUGGUAAUAAUGCCUAUAACAAGACAGACGCAGUUGCUGGCAUAGAAAGUUAUGAUACAACCUUAGCCAGGCAUGCUGAUAGGGGACUUAAUAUUGAAGAUAAUGUUCAGGGUGGUAGGAAGGAAAAUCCUGAUUAUGAGCGGGCCAGAACUCCUAUUAAUUCAGAAGCAAAGGAGAAGAAUCUAACAGGUUAUAGAGACAGGGGUCAGCCAGAUCACACUAGUGGCAGACUUGGUGGAGCUGAACUGCAGACCCAAAUACAUUUAGAACCUUCAGAGCGGCCCAAGUUGAAGUUACUUCCGAGAACGAAGCCACUUGAAACUUUGGAGCCUUAUGGUGUGGAUAAUAUUCAGGGCAUUCAACAGGCGGCUGAAUAUAUUCAUGCUGAUAUUUUUAAUGAGCCUCAUGGAAAUUUGAACUCUUCAAAGUCUGGUUUAGCUAGCACUGAGAUUGAGAAGCAGGCCAUAGAGCGCCCAAAGCUGAAUUUACAGCCCCGGUCGCAGUCAGUUGAACGAAUGGAGGGAACUGAAAAGGAAAGGAAUUUUUUGUUUGGUGGUGCUCGCCCACGAGAACUAGUUCUGAAGGAGAGAGGGAUUGAUGAUGUUGUUAUUAGCCACGACUUGGUUCAGCAGCCUGAAAGGGUUGAAGUUCAUGCUCCAAAGGCAGAAAGAAUUUCAGGGGGUAAUGCUAAUUCAUCACGCUACAGUGAAAGAACUGAGAUUCCUGCUGUUGAUCAAAGGACUAUAAAGAAAGGAGAGAGGAGGGAGAGGGAUCAUGAGAAGAGGGAUCACCGGACAGACAUUGCAAGAGGUGAUGCUCAGAAGAGGAACUGGCGAAGUGAUAACCGCGAGAAUCGGAGGAACAACAGAGAGAUAGAAAAGCAACCACAGCAGCCAGAACGGGCUCCAUCACCAGAAACCUGGCGCAAGCCUGUUGAGCAGCCAAAACCAACCCCUGCUGACUCUGUUGGUAUGCGAUAUGGGAAAGCAGCUUCUGCUGUUGAGCUUGCCCAAGCAUUCUCUAGAUCAUCGGCCUCCGAUCCCACUAAUGACCGACAUUCUGGCCAAAGAAGUCUUCCUGGGCGCACCCAGAUGCCUUUCUCCCGGUUGAUGAGUCCAACACAAAGGCCUCAGAUAAAUGGUUACUGAAUUAGAUUGCAUCAAUGAUUAAAUUCUUAUUGAAAAAAGCAGCCUUUGCUAGUGCCUUUACAAAAAAAAAAGUUAAGUUUCCUCAUUAAAGAUGUUUACAUUCAAAUUUCUAAUUUUUAGAAGGGAUGUUGUCUUUUUUCUUUACGCUUGCUGAUGAUAUCAAUUCGGUUUGUAUUUUUUUCGUUCUUCCUUGAGUGUUCUUCAAUAUUUAUCUCACGUUAAAAGGAAGUAAUCGUGAUUGAUAUUCGCAUAUGUAGUGAAAGCGUGAGGUAACUGUUGGGGCUUAUCUUGUUACCAAUUUUCAUACAAGCAAUUUUGCCAA